AUGAAGGUGGACGUGGACGGCCGGGAAGCAGCAGCCUGCAGUGCUACUCCGAUUGCUAGUAAUACAGAGUCGCCUGUCUCAUUCCUUGACGACUGCGGUGUAACCACCUCAGACUCGAUCCCGACGCCCGAGCGGGCACUGCUCGCCAAACUGGAGGAGGAGAAUAGAAGAAUCGAGGCGGACGCGAAGUGCCCCUCGCUAACCACCGUGCACAGUCGCAAGAGCUCCGACACAUCACAAAUAUCCUUAGCUUCAGCAACAAGCUCAAGCUAUGAAGAAGGGGGAAGUAAGGUCGGGAGCAAUGGCGAGGAAGACUUAUGGAGUGUCUGGGGUAGGCUUGUCAGUCAUUGGGAGACGGAGUGGCGCCGCCGGAACCAGUAUGUACGAGACCUAGUACGGCAGGGGGUGCCUCAUCAUUUCAGGGGCAUCGUAUGGCAGCUACUAGCGGGAGUCGAUUCCUCCCCUGAUAAGAAAUUAUACGCUUCUUAUAUUAAGGCUAAAUCAGCGUGCGAGAAGGUGAUUCGUCGUGACAUCGCUCGAACGUACCCUGAACACGAUUUCUUUAAGGAGAAAGAUGGUCUUGGCCAAGAAUCCCUGUUCAAUGUAAUGAAGGCGUAUUCGCUACACGACAGGGAAGUUGGUUAUUGUCAAGGAUCUGGCUUUAUCGUUGGACUGCUUUUAAUGCAGAUGCCAGAAGAGGAGGCUUUUGCAGUUCUACUAAAGAUAAUGCAGCACCAUCGUAUGCGUGAUAUGUUCAAGCCAAGUAUGGCAGAGCUUGGCCUCUGUAUGUUCCAGCUAGAAAACCUCGUUCAGGAACUUUUACCCGAUCUCCACGUACACUUUCAAUCUCAGAGUUUCAGUACAUCGAUAUAUGCAAGCAGCUGGUUCCUUACACUCUUUACGACGACACUAUCUCUCCCCCUCGCCUGUCGCGUUAUGGACGUAUUUCUCUCUGAAGGCAUAGAGAUUGUGUUCAAGGUCGCCCUAGCGUUACUCACGCUUGGCAAAAACGAUCUCUUGUCUUUGGAUAUGGAAAGCAUUCUGAAGUACAUGCAGAAAGAGUUGCCGGCGAAGGCAGAGGCCGAUCAAGACGCGUUUAUGAAUCUCGCAUAUUCAAUUAAAGUGAAUCCUAAAAAAAUGAAGAAAUUAGAAAAGGAAUACACCGUUAUAAAGACGAAGGAGCAAGGAGACAUCGCAGUACUCAGAUGUCUUCGUCAAGAAAACCGCCUAUUGAAGCAAAGAGUUGAACUACUUGAAAAGGAAAGUUCAGCGCUUGCGGAGCGUUUGGUUCAAGGUCAAGUUGAUAGAGCUGAAGGGGAGGAAGAGACGUUCGCUUUAGCUCGCGAGGUUCAAGCGUUGAGACGGGCUAAUAUGGACGCACAACAGAGACUGGCCGUAGCUCAAGAUGAGAUUAGAAGCUUAGAAAUGACUAUCGCGGAGAACAACUCACGUCAGUCAUCGCUAGAGGGCAUGGAAGUCAACAACGCGAAAGGCGAAGAGUUAGCUCGAUGUCUUCAAAGAGAAUUAGUAAGAGCUAGACUCGACGCGGCAGAGAGACAGGCGACUGAACGAGAAUUGAACGCUAGGAUUGCGGAACUAGAGAAUGAAAAUAAAAUAUUGAGGAAACAACGCGUGGAUAAUAACGUUGCUCACUUGCAGGACGAGUUGAUAGCGGUAAAACUGCGCGAGGCUGAGGCUAAUCUUUCACUAAAAGAUUUACGGCAACGAGUAACAGAGUUAUCGGAUGCCUGGCAAAAGCACCUGCAGGAACACAGACAAGAAACGCCGCCGCCGCCGGCCCAAUCGAACGUAGUGUCUGAUAUAAUGGCAACACCCAAGAAGUUACUGCGUGCCUGGGAGGGCAGGUCCACAGACAUGCAGAAAUUAGAAGAGGAAUUAAUGACAAUAAAAAUAAAGGAGGUGGAAGCUUUAACCGAGUUGAAGGAGCUCAGACUUAAGGAAAUGGAGCUCCGUACCCAGGUUCAGGUGUCAACGAACCAGCUUCGAAGACAGGAUGAGGAACUGCGUCAGCUGAGAGAAGAACUGGACGCUGCCUUGCAGAGGGAACGCACACUGCAAACAAGGCAGAGAGAAUUCCAACACAAGUAUGCUGACUUGGAGAGCAAAGCAAAAUAUGAAUCAAUGCAAGCGAACAUAAGGAACAUGGAGGACGCUCAGAGAAUAGCGGAAUUAGAAACCGAGGUCUCUGAAUAUAAGUUAAAAAACGAAGUGAUGGCGACUGAAGGGGAACUACGGAGUAGUAAUAUGGACGACUCAGAUAGAGUUCGAGAGUUGCAGGAACAAGUCGCCGAACUGAAAGCAGAGGUCGUGAGGUUAGAGGCGUGGAAAGCUCGGGUGCUGGGCCGCUCUCUUAGCCGUACAGUUUCCUUAGAAGAUGACAUUGAAGAGGACGACAAACUGAAACUUAUACUGAGAAGAGAAUCGUCGGCCUCACUCGACCUUAACAGAAAAACGUAGCACUACACCCGUGGAACUUGUAAUAUUAGUUGUAUGUAUAUUUACAUAUAUACGUGAUUGUUUCAGGGUACUUUUGUGUGAUCUUCCAUCGGACAUUCAUAAACUAGAACCAAUUGUAUCUUGUUUUUUUUUCGCUUUACAUGUAAACUGUAAAUCAGUUCCUGUAUUCGGAAAACCAUUCGUUUUUACCGUUUAACAGUUAAAAUGAACCGUUAAAUAGUGAGUAAAACGGAUAGUUUUUUUUUAUAUAUAUAUAUUAUAUUUAUGUUCUGAAUAAGGAACACGGGAAAAAAAUUUAAGUAAAAAGGUAACCUCUGGUAAUUCAAAAAUUUAUUCGCUACGGCUGUCUUCUCGCACCAAAAUCUCUAAUAUUAGACAGUAUUAUUUUUUAAUUUUCAAUAUAAUUUGCUUCGCUUUAUAUCAGUAUUAUUGGCUUUAUAUGUGUAUAGUUUUAUUUUUAUUUGAAAAAACAUUUUUUCAAUACGUUUUAUAAAAAAUAUUUAUAUGAAUAACAUAA